AUCCUCAUAAUCAGUUUCGAAAUUACAUUUACGGUUUCUAGCUAUCAAUAUUUUUCCGAUCUUAAAUUCCGAUGACGACUACUGAGAUGGAGUUAGAGAAUACUGCUUCGAUCGACGGAAACACAGCUGCCGAUGCAUCGGUGAAGGAGGCGGCCGUCGAGAAGAAGCCUGCAGCGAAGCCACGCAAAUCGAAGAAAGUUAAGGAAGUGAAGGAGAAGAAGGCUGUUUCCGCCGCUGCUCCCAAGAAGAGAACUGUUUCAUCUCAUCCUACCUACGAAGAGAUGAUCAAGGAUGCGAUUGUUACGUUGAAGGAGAGAACCGGAUCUAGCCAAUACGCGAUUCAGAAGUUCAUCGAGGAGAAGCGUAAGGAGCUUCCUCCAACUUUCAGAAAGCUGUUGCUGCUUAAUUUGAAGAGACUUGUUGCUUCUGGGAAGCUUGUCAAGGUUAAAGCCUCGUUUAAACUUCCGUCGGCGUCGGCUAAGUCAUCACCUCCUAAGCCAGCGGCGGCGCUUUCUGCACCAGCCAAGAAGAAAGCUGCAUCUGCGGCGGUUGCCAAGCCCAAGGGAAAGGUCGCUGCGGCUUCCAAAUCUAAGAAACCAACGGCCGUUAAACCCAAGACAGCUGCUGCGAAGAAAGUGACUGCCAAGGCUAAGGCUAAGGCCGUUCCUCGUGCCACUGCUGCACCUAAGAGGAAAGCUGUUGCUGCGAAGCCUAAGGCUUCCAAGGAGAGACCAGCCAAGGCAGCCAAAACGGCCAAGGUUACAUCCCCGGCGAAGAAAGCCGUUGCUGCGAAGAAGAAGGUUGCCACGGUGGCGACGAAGAAGAAGACUCCGGUGAAGAAGGUUGUGAAGCCAAAGACGGUCAAGUCUCCAGCAAAGAGGGCUUCGACAAGGGCGAGGAAGUGAAAUUAGGGUUUUUAGGUAGAAGAAGGGUUAACGAUAGGUGGUUAGUCUUGUAUAAUUCAAUGAUCCUUAUGUGUGACUUCUUUGCUUUUCAUAUCUCAAGUGUUCUUGUAAUUCAAUGGCUUCUUGAACUA